CAUUGCAGUGAUCCGAGCAAAGGCCGUCUCUGCGAAAGAGGUGGAUUCAGGGAAUGAUAUAUAUGGGAAUCCAAUCAAACGAAUCCAGUAUGAAAUCAAGCAGAUCAAGAUGUUUAAGGGCCCCGACAAGGACAUAGAGUUCAUCUACACGGCUCCGUCCACCGCCGUGUGCGGCCGGCUGCUGGACACCGGCGGGAAGAAGGAGUAUCUCAUCGCAGGCAAGUCAGAGGGCAAUGGCAAGAUGCACAUCACGCUCUGCGACUUGGUCUCCACCUGGGACUCGCUGAGCCCGACCCAGAAGAAGAGCCUAAACCAGCGGUACCAGAUGGGCUGCGAGUGCAAGAUCUCGCGCUGCCUCUCCAUCCCCUGCUUCGUCUCCUCCUCGGACGAAUGUCUCUGGACAGACUGGGCGAUGGAGAAGAACAACGUGGAUGGGCGGCAGGCAAAGCACUAUGCUUGCAUCAAGAGGAGCGACGGUUCGUGUGCCUGGUACCGUGGCAUGGCCCCCCCCAAGCAAGAGUUUCUCGACAUCGAGGACCCCUAAGCCAAAUGAGUGCAUUCC